GAGGAGGAUCUCACGGACCUGCAAGUCACCAUCGAGGGCCCAGAGGGGACCCCCUAUGCUGGAGGUCUGUUCCGGAUGAAGCUCCUCCUGGGCAAAGACUUCCCUGCCUCCCCACCCAAGGGCUAUUUCCUGACGAAGAUCUUCCACCCAAAUGUGGGUGCCAAUGGUGAGAUCUGUGUCAACGUGCUCAAGAGAGACUGGACGGCUGAGCUGGGCAUCCGACAUGUGCUGCUGACCAUCAAGUGCCUGCUGAUCCACCCUAACCCAGAGUCUGCGCUCAAUGAGGAGGCAGGCCGCCUGCUUUUGGAGAACUAUGAAGAGUAUGCUGCCCGGGCCCGUCUGCUCACAGAGAUCCAUGGGGGUGCUGGUGGCUCCAGCAGCGGGAGGGAUGAGGCUGCCCGGGGGAGAGGGGCUGCAGCCUCCCCCACUGACCCUAUGACUCCAGGAGGCCUGGGAGGAGCUGAGGGUCCCAUGGCCAAGAAACACGCAGGCGAGCGAGACAAGAAGCUGGCAGCCAAGAAGAAGCUGGACAAGAAGCGGGCGCUCAAAGGUGUGUAGUGGUCUCUCCCUUCCUCCCUCUGCUCCGUCCCCGCCCACCGCCCACUCUGUCUCUAAGUUAUUUAAAUUAUGGCUGGGGUGGGGGAGGGAACAGGGGAGGGCACCAGAACCUGGAUUUGGUUUUCUAAAUAAAAGUUGGAAAAGCAA